AGAUUUUUUGAUCAUUCCUUGUUUUAAUUUCUAACUGCUACAUACUCCGCAUAAAUAUAUUUUUUUGCUAAUCGAGUAGUAAGAAUUGAAAAUGGAAAACCAAGAAGUUGUAUACAACGAGUAUGGCUAUUGUUCAGACCUGAGCCUAGCUUUGGCUAAGAUUGCAUUUGAAUCACCUAUUUGUCGGAGUGACUUUGUUUACAAAUGGCUCGACGACCACCAGCCUUACUUCUGCACGCCUCUGCCGAAGGUGAUAACCUCAAUAUGCAGCUACUCGUAUGGCCCACCGCAGAUACAUUACUACUACAGCCAACCCUUGACUGUUACGCACGGUUUGAGGAACAUAAAACUUCCUUACAUCGUCCAAGCCCCCUUCAGAAUAUCUCCGAUGAAACCUGUUUCAUCAACAUCAUCAUCAUAAUUUUAGCCACAAGACGUCCACUGCUGAACAUAGGCCUCCCCAAUGAUUUCCAC